UGACAUCACUCGGUCCUUGAAUGCGUUCCCGCAUUUACCGGAUUGCGCCGGUUACUUCUCGAGAGGUUGCCCUCUCGAGAAAGGUAGAACGGACACGUCACGCGGGACCUAUUCGACGUGAGUCUCCGUUCGUACGACGUUCUCCUGCACCUGGACGAGAUGUGCGUGUCGAUGACGGCGCUCGGUCGACGAGGAUUCAUCCCGCGGCCUCAGGACAUGGUGGCCCGAUUCAACAUCGGGCGACCUGAACGUUGCUACAGCCGCGAUGAGUCGUCGAUGAAUUAUGCCACGCUGUCAGGACGAUGUCCCGUGUCGUUGUGCGCCGCCGAUGUCUCACGGGUCCUGGGCCGCUUCCAUGGGAACUCCACGAGGACAUUCUCCUCCGCGAAGACCCCGAUCUCCUCUGACGCUGUUAUCGACGCUCUGACGAAGCAGCAAGCGAAGGAACUGGUGUCGAAACUCACUUCGGAGGAGCGGAGCAUGUUUCUGACGGCACUGAAUGAAUCCAAAUCAGCAGAGGACAAAGCUGGCUAUGAAGGUCAACUGGCAGCUAUUCGAUGGAGGAGCAAAUUGGGUAGGCCUAGCAAAAUUCCAUCUCUAGGCGAGGUGGAUCCUACAGGAACCUUCUGCCCUAUGCCAGACGAUUGGUUAAAUCGCAAAUAUGUGCCACAGUUAGUUGAACACGUUCCAGAACCAACCACAAAAGACCUGGUGCUAGUCGCGAUCGCGAAUGCAAUUCCGUUCGUCGGGUUUGGUUUUCUUGACAACUUCAUCAUGAUCGUUGCUGGCGAUCAAAUCGAGUUGAUGCUGAAUCGAAGAUUUCCCAUCUCCACUAUGGCAGCAGCAGCCCUGGGUAACACAGUGUCCGAUGUCAUUGGAAUCGGCUCGGUGCAUUAUGUCGAGAUGUUCGCUCAGAAAAUUGGGUUUGAAGCGCCCAAGUUAACGCUAGUACAAUUGAAUUUACCUAGGACACGGAUUGCAGCAAAUGUGGGUCGGGUCAUCGGUGUUACGAUUGGAUGCCUUAUUGGUAUGACACCUAUACCAAUAUCUGCGCUUUUCCGCAAUGACAGUUGAAUAUCCAAAAAACGAUGGAAACACAAAUUAAUAUAGGACAGGUCCUAAAUGUCUCACGAUAAACGUUUUGUUUUAUAAAUGCCUAAUGAACUUUUAUAAUUUUAAUGUUUAAUUGUCGCAAAUAACAGGAUUUCCGUCUCAAGUAUUACAAAGUAUCUAAUAUAUAAAUGUAUAAAAUGUAUAGUAUAGAACAAAGUUUAUGUGUAACACAAAACAGUAGGUUUUCUAACUUACUGUUUCACGAGCUUUUAAUCCAGUGCAAAGUCUAUUAAUUUUAUUAAAUAAAAGCAGUUAAAAGAAAAGCUUGUAUGUUGUGUGAUAUUAGAGAUUAAACCAGAAUAAAAAAA